AUGGACCCCCAAAGCCGGACCUUGAGGCCGCUACCUAGCGUUCUCCGGGGCGGCCUCACGGCCGUCUCCUUCUUCGGCUUUCUCUCUUUCGUCACAACAACAACUCUGUUCUUCGUCCUCACAUACAGACUGGUACGAUGGUACAUGUCACCGGCUCCUGCGAUGCCGCAGCACAUGGCGAACGAAAGGGACCCGGACGCCGCAUUAGCCGAGGAGAUGGGACUUCCGGAGACUGUCUACGAAGCCGGAGGUCGGAAAAUGAAGAACAAGACGAAGCGGGAUGCGCCUAAUCAGUUUCUUGUGCUGAUUUACAACCUGCUUCUUGCCGAUAUCCAACAAUCUCUGGCCUUCUUGCUGAAUGCAGCUUGGCUGAGGCGGGACGGCAUUGUGGUGGAGACUUCGACGUGCUGGGCGCAAGGAUGGUUCAUCUCUACCGGCGAUUUGGCUUCGAGUGCCUUCAUCACCACCAUCGCUGUUCAUACGUACCUGUCGGUAGUUAGGCAGUACAAGCUACCGACAUGGGCAUUCUACUGUAUGAUCUUCUGCGUGUGGUUCUUCAUAUAUGCCCUGGCCGUAGCAGGCAUCAUCAUCACUAACAACGGAGCUGAUGAUGGCGGCCUAUAUGUCCGAGCCGCUGCAUGGUGUUGGGUAAAUGUCCGCUACGAAGCCAUGCGUUUGUAUCUGCACUACCUUUGGAUGUUCGUAUCCUUCUUCGUCACCGCCGUCCUCUACAUCCUUAUCUUCAACCACAUCCGCCGCACCGACCCCUCCCUACAACUCCCCUCAUCAUCCAAUAACUCCUCCGACUCAAAGACUUCCCGUGGCCGCAGACCUAGUCACGCACAUACGGCAUCCAAGUCCGGCGGCCACAAUAGGUCUUCGCAACAGCAAGCUUCAGCGUCAAACCCCAGCAAUGCCGGUCAUCACCCAGCAUUCCUGAUCUAUCCCAUCAUCUACAUCCUCUGCACAGCUCCUCUCGCCCUGGGUCGUGUCAUCACCAUGGCCGGUCAGCAAGUCUCCCUAGAAUACUUCUGCAUCGCCGGAGCCAUGAUCGCCUCCAACGGCUGGCUCGACGUCCUGCUCUUCUCCACAACCCGUCACGUCAUCAUCUUCAACGCCUCGCCGGACUAUGAGGAGACAGGCCUCGAGACCUUCGCCUUCAUGCGUACGCCGGCGAAUCGUCGCUUCGGAAACAUAGUGUGGGUACAGGGAGCCGGCAGCACACCCAACCACGUCAUCGGAGGUGAUGAGGGCACCGGUGGGUGGCUUCGGAAGCUCUUCCGUCGGGGAGGUGGGAGCCGUCGCGGGGUGAACCGAGAUGGACAUCGCCGCAGCGGUGCUCACCGGAGCAUUAGCCAGGAGUCAUUGAGACGGCGGGGAGCGAUGGAGGGUAUCCAAAUGGAGACUGUUACGACAGUGGUUGUUGAGAUGGAUGGCCACUCAUCAGGGAAGAAGAUCAACGGGCGGUCUCAGUCGAUCGAGAGCAUUGACAAGGAGCGAGCGCAGAGUGUUGGCAGCCUGUCAUUCUCAUAG